AUGAUUUCGAUUCAUAAAUUCCAUAUUUUAUUAAAUCAACUUACAUAUUUGACAUCUUCAUUUGGUUUAUUCAACAAUGAAAUUCUAGAAGAAUGUUCUUUCAAUGCGGAUGGAGAAGCAACUGAGAAUCGUAUUAUUUUCAACUAUGACGACGAUUUAAACUUAACGAGUGAAUUGAACCUCAGUGGGAGUUGUGUCUUGUUGGAGAAAGAUGAGCCAGUUGUUGUUCGUCAUCGAAUUGCUAAACACCGAACUUUUAAGGAAAAAUCUCGCAGAGACAAACCUAAGGAUGCGACGAUGUUCGCAGUUAGGAAGAGCGGGGUUAGGAGUCCGUCGACGGAUUCAGACUGGGAAAUUAUUUAGAUAAUUAUGUGAUUAUAUAUUAUUAAUUUGCAUAAGUUGGGAGCAACAACAAAUUUUUAAUUAGUUUUGGUAAUCAUUUCUGUAGUUAUUGCUCAUGAGAAUCAAUAAUCAUGUUAAUAAUGAAAGGAUCAAUAUGCCUUUUCAGGAAUAUAUUUAUAUUAUGAGAGAAUUUUACUA